AUGGCCUGGUUGCGCGCUGAUCCCCGGAAAUACCGACAAUUUGUUGGGUUUCGUGUAGCUGAGAUAUUGGCACUUACGGCAGUAGACGAUUGGUAUUGGGUUCCAUCUAACCUCAAUAUUGCGGACCAAGGUACUAAAUGGGGAGAUGGUCCUAGUUUUGAACCUGACAGUCUUUGGUACAACGGACCUGAGUUCCUGCUUCUGCCGUCCGAAGAAUGGCCGAAAAGAAAGCAACCCUCCGAAGCUCCAGCAGAUGAAUUACGAACCGUACACGUUCAUCGUCUGAAAACUGAAUAUUGUAAAACUCGCACAAAGAACCGUACUGAUACAGAUUUGAAAUUCGUCGUUCUUAAUCAAGCGGAUUAUGUUGCAGCUGAAGCGGCUCUAUGGCGAGUUGUUCAGCAAGAAGAGUUUUCCGAAGAGAUAGCAACGCUGAAGAAAAACUCGAAGUCUCCGUCACAAAAAUGGAAGCAUGUAACUAAAAGAAGUCCGUUAUCAAAACUAUCCCCUUUUUUCGACGAAUUAAUUGUGCCAAAAGACCACCCUGCUACCAAUCUUCUUAUUUUGCGCUACCAUCAGAAAUAUGGGCACGCCAACACUGAAACGGUGCUCAAUGAACUUAAGCAGCAGUAUUAUAUUCCUCGAAUGCGGGCCACCGUCAAGAAAACUAUCAAAAGUUGUAUGUGGUGUCGCGUUUACCGGGCCAAACCAUGCGCUCCUAAAAUGGCCCCACUUCCUCAACCCAGAGUUAAACCCUACGUUCGGCCAUUCACGUUCACCGGCUUAGAUUACUUCGGGCCACUGUUGGUUAAGCGUGGUCGUUGUAACGAGAAAAGGUGGGUAGCGCUAUUUACCUGCCUUAGCAUUAGGGCUCUACAUCUGGAGGUGGUACAUACGAUGUCAGCUGAUUCCUGCAAAAUGGCAAUACGACGCUUUAUAGCCAAACAUGGUCCUCCUCAGGAACUGUACUGCGAUAACGGAACCAAUUUCCGAGGCGCAUCCCGAGAGUUAGCAGAGGAAGCGAAAGAAAUCAACAAACAACUGGCGAAAUGUUUCACGAACAACCAUACGGCAUGGAAUUUUAAUCCGCCCUCUGCUCCACAUAUGGGUGGCGUCUGGGAGCGAAAGAAGCUCGAUGACGAAGCGCUCAAGACACUACUUUCCGAAGCCGAAAUGAUUGUGAACUCUCAUCCACUCACCAUGUUGCAUUGA